CGGAGAGAGGCCGGGCCGGCGCGGCGCUGCUCUGUGACGUACGUCCCCGCGGGCGGUGGCGGCGGCCCUUCAUGCUGCGGCGCCCGCUGGCCGGGCUGGCGGCGGCCGCCCUGCGCCGAGUCCCCUCGGACGGGCUAGGCCACUCCAACGUGGUCUUUGUGGUUCGGGCCCUCGUACUAAGAGGAGGUGACUGACCUCAGGGAAGAGCCCCACAAGAGGAAGGACUCUGGAUCCCACCCACCUCAAGGCAAUGGUGCUAGGGAUGUCAGGACCAAGGCCCGUUGUCCUGAGCGGACCCUCAGGGGCUGGGAAGAGCACCCUACUGAAGAGACUCCUGCAGGAACACAGCAGUAUCUUCGGCUUCAGCGUGUCCCACACCACAAGGGACCCGAGGCCAGGAGAGGAGAACGGCAAAGAUUACUACUUUGUGACCAGGGAGGUGAUGCAGCGGGACAUUGCCGCCGGAGACUUCAUCGAGCAUGCUGAGUUCUCAGGGAACUUGUAUGGGACCAGCAAAGCAGCUGUGCGGGCCGUGCAGGCCAUGAACCGCAUCUGUGUGCUGGAUGUGGACCUGCAGGGCGUGCGCAACAUCAAGAAGACCGACCUGCGGCCCAUCUACAUCUUUGUGCAGCCACCCUCACUGGAUGUCCUGGAGCAGCGGCUGCGGCAGCGGAACACAGAGACGGAGGAGAGCCUGGCUAAGCGUCUGGCUGCUGCCCGGGCCGACAUGGAGAGCAGCAAGGAGCCCGGCCUGUUUGACCUGAUCAUCGUCAACGACAGUCUGGACAAGGCCUACUGGGUCCUGAAGGAGACGCUCUCUGAGGAAAUAAAGAAGGCUCAAGCAACUGGUCACUCCUGAGGAGGUCCACCGGCUAUAACUCCUCAGGUGGGGCCUAGGGCCUGGCACCCACCUGCAGCAGGCCAGGGUCUCCGGCGGUGGCUCUGCUCAACUCAGCUAGCACCCAGGGUUUGGGGUGCUGCCUGUCUUCCCUUACUCCCCCACUGUGACUGGAGGACUUUUCUCUCACCCCCUCUCCCCAUGUCCAUUUCUAGGCUUCCUCCCCACCCCACCCUAUCAACCCCCCUCCCAUGGAAGCUGGGCCAACAUCCAAAUAAAGAACUGCUGGGUUAGAGUGUCCUUGA